AUGGGACGUGCACAGUUCGAAUAUGACGAAGUGGGUAAUACGUUUUAUUAUGUACUUGUUUCAUUUUAUGCACUAAUACUCGUGCCGUCAACUUUCUUCUUUUGGCCAUCUUCAAAAAAAGGUUCGUUUCUUACUUCUUUCAGCGUUAUUCUAGAUAGCGUUGAACGAAGAGAGCAUUGUGGAUGUGAAGGAUGUACAGAAAAACGUUUGAAAGCAGAAGCAUCGAGGCCGUGGCGAAGAACCAAAAAAUUUUUAACAUUGAUAGCAUUAUUGAUCGCUUGGAUUGUUUUCUUCAUUAUUGUUCACAAGGUUACACAGAUCGAACAAGAUCAUGUCGAAUAUGAUCCAUAUGCUAUUUUGGGCUUAGAUCAGGGUGCACCAGUAUCACAAGUGAAGAAAAAGUAUCGCGAACUGAGCAGAACAAUGCAUCCAGAUAAGGGCGGUGACCCGAUUCAGUUCGAUCGUAUCGCGAAAGCAUAUCAAGCGCUCACUGAUGAAGAGAGUCGAGAAAACUGGGAGAAAUACGGGAAUCCUGAUGGUCCAACGGGUAAUAAUUACUACUUGUUACACUUUCAUGAACGGUACUUGUUCGAAUCAAUGUUUCAUCAUGAUUUUACCAAUGAAAUUGUUUCAGCAACAACCUUUGGGAUCGCACUGCCGAAAUGGAUUGUCAGUAAGGAAUACGGUUUUUGGGUACUUGCCUUCUACGGUUUCGUCCUUAUGAUCCUUCUCCCAUCAGCUGUCGGCUUUUGGUGGUACAAUUCAAUAAAGUAUAGUGUUGAUCAAGUGCUUAUUGACACGGCACAAAUGUAUUAUUACUUCUUUCAUAAGACACCAAAAAUGGAGAUUAAUCGAAUGAUAAUGGUACUGGGUGGUUCGUUUGAGUUCUGGAAACAAUACAAUAAAGAAAUAGUCGAACGAGAAAGUGACGAUAUUGAACUACCUCCACUGAUCAAAGAGUUCAAGAAUUUGAGUGAAAACAAGAAAGAAAGACCGUUGUGCUUGCCGUAUUCGCUGAAAGCAAGACUAUUCAUUCACGCUCACUUGAAUCGUUAUGAACUACCGUCAGAUAGUCUGAAGACCGAUAGUAACUAUGUGAUGUCAAAGUGUGUAAUGUUAAUUAAUGAAAUGUUAUCGAUAACACAACAGCUUUACUUCUACGGCAAUCUUUCGAGAUCUCCCUCGUUGGAUACUAUCGAAAAUUUGACCAAGUUGGUACCAAUGAUUGUUCAAGCAUUAUGGCCAAAGAAUAGCGCUAUUCUUCAAUUGCCACACAUCACCGAGCAUAAUUUGCAUCAUUUUCGUCGGAACCGAAUUGUGACAUGCUCUGAUCUGGCGAACGUUGGCGAGGCAAAGCGACGCCACAUAUUGCAAUCGCUGAGCGAGGCCGAAUAUAAUGACGUUAUAUUCGUGCUUCAGUCGAUGCCUAAACUGACAAUUGCGACACGUUUUGAAGUGCAAGGAGAAGAGGACUGUCAAGAAGUAACCGUUGGUUCGGUGGUAACACUUAAAGUGACGAUGACGAGGAGCCGAUUGCUUGAUCCCGAGAAAAGAGCUGAGGAAAUUCGGGAAAUGAAUGAAAGGGGAACUGAUUUGGGAGGUGUCGGUGCGACGACGUUGGAAGAUGAAAAUGACGAGAAUAACGAUGAAAAAGAGAAUAAUGUCACGAAGAGAAAAGUCUGGGAGAAGCAACCGAAAAAGAAAUCUAACAAACAGAAAGCACCGAAAAAUCGUCAGCCACAAAAAGUGAAAAUUCUGAAGAAAAGCGUCGCCAAAGCGGAUGAAGAAGACGCGAAAAAAGAUGAUGAAUUGAAGAAAGAGAAAAAGGAAGGUGGUACUGAUGAGGGUAUUGAAGCAUCGAUAGCCGAUUCGGAUGAGUUGGAUGCAGGCAGUGCGUCCGAGAAAGAAGAUAACAACCACAAACUGAACAGUGACGAGGAGAGUGUGAGUGGUGACGAAGGUGCCGGAAAUGGAUCAUCGGAUGAAUCGGAUGGUGAGGAGUGGGCGAAUGAGAAUCUGAUCAAGAAGCAGAAUCUUUUGGAAAGGAAAAGCACGAAAACACAUGUGGUGCAUUGUCCGUAUUAUCCGUGUGAAAAGUACGAAUGGUGGUGGUUGUUUUUGAUCGAUAAGAAGUUGAGAAGACUCGUCGUUCCAGGUGCACACUGCACCACUUUGGUUGAUGAGCAAACCGUGGAAAUCAAAUUUGCUGCGCCACAACAGAAGGGCAUUUAUUAUUAUACGUUGUUGGUGAAAUCUGAUUCGUAUAUGGAUUGCGAUUAUACAAUUGAUUUGAAGCUGGAUGUGCAUGAAGCGAAAGAAGUUCCCUUGAUCAAGUACGAGGAUUCUGAGGAAGAGCAAGCUGAAGAUUCAACUGAUUAUACGGAAGAUUCUGAAUCGGAUCACGAUUGA